AUGCUCGGUGAUACGAACGUCGCCGCAGCGGCAACCUCGAAUGCUGCUGUUACCGUAAAGUUGCCUGACUUUUGGAAAAGCGAUCCACACAUGUGGUUCGCUCAGGCAGAAGCACAGUUCAAUCUGGCGCAGAUCACCAAAGACGACACGAAAUUCUGGCACAUAAUCGCCAAAAUAGACCAGAGCGUUAUUUGUCAUGUGUCGGACCUCGUCUCGAACCCACCGGCCGCUGAUAAGUAUAAAGCGAUCAAGGACCGGUUGAUUGCGCGAUUCGCUCUGUCUCCACAAGCGCGACUGGAGCAGCUGCUGAGCUCGUGUGAUCUGGGAGAUUUCCGCCCGACUCAUCUGCUUGCCCGGAUGAAUGAAGUUGCCACUGGACUGAAUGUUGAUGAUAAUCUCAUGAAGAUGCUCUUCCUACAACGGAUGCCGGCCAACGUGAGAGCAGUUUUGGCGAUCAGCGAUGGUAGCCUGCCGAAACUAGCUGAAAUGGCUGACAAAAUGAUUGAUUCCUCGAAUAGCAACAUUGCUGCCGUCACCGUUUCGUCCAAGGAUCAAGCCACCGUCAACUCCACCUGCACAACACCAACCACAAGCACUCAGUCGGCUGAACUGGCGUCCUUGAAGGAGGAAAUAGAAGUGCUAACAGCUGAAAUUCGACGACUGAAAAGUGGACCAAACAGGAGCCGCAGCCGAUCUUUCUCCAGAUCCCGCUCGUCGAAUGAUUCGAUUUGCUGGUACCACCGGAAAUAUGGAGGCAAAGCGGAGCACUGCCGAGAACCAUGUUCUUACAGGCAUGCAAAAAACUAG